CGUUGUAGGGGAGGCCCUGGGAGGGGCAAAGCCCUGGUCCCCAGGAGGACGAGACGAGAUGGGAUCCCAGGGGCGGGACUCCCACGGCGCGAAGGCGAGGAGCGCGCGUCUCACUCUCGGCCCCCGAAGGGCGGGGAGCGGAGCCGCCGGAGGACCGGCUGCUGGGGCUCAGUCGGCAGCUGAGGAGGUUAAACAGCCCAGGACUGGGACGGGGGGCGCCCCCCGGGGUUGCCAGGCAGCGCCGAGACCCGUGGAGCACCGAACCGAGAAGCUGCGAGGACUUUCCACAGUUAGACACUGUUCCCGCGAUUCGCAGGCCCCUGACGCCAGCCCCUUGACAGUCACCCCCAGGGAGCUACACAGUCUCCAUGAUCUGGGGGAUGAGCUCUUGGAUUCCAGCUGCAAGUUGGAUAAGGGCCCCAGCAGGUCAUCUUCACCGUAUUCUCGUCUAAUAAAUAAUUUUCUCAAACCGCAGAAGCUAACAAACGUGGAGAGGAGGUUUAAAGAAAAAACAUUGGUGGAAAUGAUGAUGCUGAACAAGCAAAUAAAACAAACUCAAAUCCAGCAGGAACUGUUACUAGAGGAAAACAGGCAGCUAUACAAGGAAAAGUUACUUGUCCAGGCUGAAAACAAACUUUUCCUGGAAUACCUGACCAAGAAAACUGAGGAGUAUAGAAGGCAACCUGAGAAACUGUGGAACAACUAUUUACAAAAAAGUGGGGAAAUUGAACAAAGGAGACAAGAAUCAGCCUCCAGAUAUGCAAAACUAACUUCAGUGCUUAAAACUGAGUUAUUGCAGAAGGAAAAGACCCAAUCCAUUUUGAAGCAGCAGUUGCAAGCAAUGAGGGGUAUUUCCAUAUUAAAGGAGAAACAGGAGAUAGAAAUACAGACAUUACAGGAAGAGAAAAAAACAGUCCAAGCUGAGGGAGCUGCAAGGAAACAGGAAGUACAGGUCCAGUUGCUCCAGGAAAAAGCGUUACUCGAGAAACAACUGAGUGAGCCAGACAUGAGGCAGUUGGGAAAGAGAAAAAGAAGGGAGCUUAAGAGGAAGGCCCAGGCCUUGGAGUUGGCAGUAAGGCAACGUGUUUUUGAGUUCUCCCUUGGCAUCAACCGAGAGAACCAGCAGUUGGGGAAGGCAUUACUACAGCUGACUCAGCAAUCCCAGAAGCUGGAGGCUACUCAGAGCCUGUUAAAAAAUCAGAAGCAGCAGCUGCAGCAGGAACAGUGGUAUCUAGACUGCGUAAUCCGGGGGAGAAAACGACUGCAAAGAAGGCAUAGUGGGUGCCUAAAAGGACAGAGUGCUCCAAAUACCACACCGAGCCCUCCCCUAGGCACCAAAUCAAGAUUAAUCCAAAGUAAUUCCUGAAAUAACACUGAUUAAGAAGUGGAGCAAGUACUCUUAGCUACUACAUAAACCUGGUUAAGAAGGCUUUUGGAUUUUAAAUUGCUGUGAUAAGAUAUCCAUCAUGAUGUGUUGGUGGGAAGGAUUAGGUGCUUUUCUUCCAACAGUCCUACUGGGUAUUUGUGUGACUGGCUUCCCUUAACUAGCUUUUUCUUAAUUAGCUCUUGUUAAUAAACAAGAUAUUCCACAGACCUCCAGGUAACCUAAUACCUGUCCCUAACCUAAUACCUAGCCAUCUGCCAGACAUCAUACUAGCUCAAGAAAAUCAGUAGUGUGAUUUAUCACAUCUAGCUAACUUAGAUUUCUUUAUAAAGUACCUUUAAAGAUAGUAUUUCAGAUUGACUUUGAAUAGUGCUUUCUGUUCUGUAAGUUAUCAAUAUCAGUUUAUCCUUAUUCCUUUUGCCCAACUCGGCAGGCAGAAGCAAACUGUUUUUAAGCUCUUUUUAAAGUUCGUGUGGUGACCAGGUAGCUCCUUUUAUGGUUUUUUCAUGAGUGAAAAAGUACUCUGAUAACAGCCAAGUCCAAUAAGUUCUAGGCAGAAUAACCUUUCAUCCGAUGCUAAACCCCUAUAAUUUUAGCUUUGAGUAAAUUGAGAAGGUAAGAGAAGAUGGGGACAUGUAUUAGGAGAGCUCUUUUGAAAAUGUUUUCUUUGAAGAAACACCUUGUACUAACAAGGUGAUUGAAUACCUCUGCUUGUUUUAGGAAAACAUAUGAAAAGAAAGUUUUAAAAUAUUUUGGGUUUUUUUAGAGUCUUGUGCCAUCCAUUUCCCUAGCAGCAUUCUAAAUUCGAAGA